AUGAAGGAGGGCGAUAGGAAAGGAACUGUCGCCUCUGGCGAUUUUAGAGCGUUGAGUGCUCCGCAUGUAGCGAGCGUGGAUGAUAUAUUGAAACACUACGGUGCUACUUUAGAGAAAGGUUUAGAUGACAAGACUGUUGUUGAGCGUCGUCGUAUCUUCGGUCCUAACAUGUUGGCACAACAUAGCAAGGAAUCGUUGUUUAAGCUUUUUCUUUCACAGUUUGAUGAUAUGUUGGUGAAGAUAUUGUUAGGAGCGGCCGUUAUCAGCUUCAUCCUAACACUUACUGAGGUUACGGAAAGCUAUGCCAUAACUGAUUUUGUGGAGCCUCUUGUUAUCCUCCUCAUAUUGAUAUUGAACGCUAUAGUUGGUGUCUGGCAAGAAUCGAAUGCUGAGCAGGCGCUUGAGGCUUUGAAAAAAUUACAACCUACGGUUGCGAGUUGUCUUCGAAAUGGUAAAUGGGUUACUGUUGAUGCUGUUGAUGUGGUGAUGGGUGAUAUCAUCCGUCUACGUACUGGUAACAAGAUCCCUGCUGAUGUGCGUAUUUGUAAUAUAUCGUCUACAUCCUUGAGUUGUGAGCAAUCUCAGUUGACUGGUGAAUCUCGCAACGUUGCUAAGGUGUCGAAGGCGUUGCCAAAAUCUAUGAAAGGUUGUGAGAUCCAAGAGAAGACUAAUUUGUUGUUCUGUGGUACUACGGUAUCAGCUGGAUCGUGUGUUGGUAUUGUAGUGGCGACUGGUAUGUCUACUGAGAUUGGUGCUAUUCAGGCUGCGGUGUUAGAGGCUGAUUCUCAGGAGCGCAGUACUCCAUUGCAAAGGAUGUUAGACGAGUUCAGUACUUCUUUAUCGAAGUUCAUCACUAUAAUCUGUGUUGCUGUCUGGGCGAUAAACUUCCGUCAUUUCAGUGACCCUGUGCAUAGCAACAUCUUCAAAGGUUGUAUAUAUUACUUUAAGAUUGCGAUAUCCCUCGCUGUUGCUGCUAUUCCCGAGGGUCUUCCUGCAGUGAUAACUACUAGUCUUGCUUUGGGUACUCGUAACAUGGCUAAAAGGAACGCGAUAGUGAGGAAGUUACCUUCUGUGGAGACUUUGGGUUGUACCACAGUGAUUUGUUCUGAUAAAACUGGUACUAUGACUACAAACAAGAUGCGCGUUCAGGUAUUGAAGCUUUUGACUGAAGAUGACGUGGUUCAAUCGGUUCGAUUUACGGGUGACGGUGCUGUUGACACUACUACUGGUGAUGCUGAAGCUUAUGUAUCUAAGGGUGAUUCUAAAGCUCCUUUUGACGUGCUUACUGAGACUUUGUUUAAGUGUGGUUGUUUAUGUUCUGAAGCUUCUGUGGAGCAGGACGAAGGUGAGCCUACUGAGUUGGCUAUUGUUCACAUGGUGGACCACCUUUACAAAUUCAUCGCUGGUGCGUCUGACAGGCCUGCUUCUGUUACUUACCAGCGUCUGUUGAAGAAAGAGGCUACUUUGGAGUUUUGCCGUGAUAGGAAGAUGAUGAGUGUGAUUGCUAGUGAGAAUGGUAACGUGAGUGUCUAUACCAAGGGUGCGCCUGAGUGUGUUAUCGAGCGUUGUACGAAGUAUAUGAAGCCGGAUGGUACUAUUGUUGCACUGAGCGAUAAGGUGAAGCGUGUGCUAUUGCGUGAGGUUGAAUUGAUGGCCUCUGAGGCCCUUCGUACAAUGGCCUUCGCCUGUUAUGGCGACGCUGGUAAUGCUUUGAAGUUGUAUAAAGAGAAUAGUGGUGCAUCUGCUGUAUCUGAGGGUAGUCCCGUUUUUUUUGGGGAUAUUGAGCGUGAGCUUGUAUACCUUGGUCUUACAGGUAUCCUUGAUCCUCCUAGACCUCAGGUUAGUCAGGCUAUCCGUGUUGCUAGGCGUGCUGGUAUACGUGUAUUUAUGAUAACGGGUGACAAUAAGCUUACUGCUGAGGCCAUAGCUAAGCAGGUUGGUAUCCUUCCUCCUGAUUAUCCGAACAUUGGUAAGGGUUUAUAUUAUUCUUAUACUGGUAAGGAGUUUGAGGGUUUGUCUGAUGAUGAGCGUCGUCGUGUUGUGAGUGCCGAGGGUGUGGUUUUCAGUCGUACGGAGCCUAAGCAUAAGCAAGAUAUAGUUUCUGUAUUGAAGAAAUUGGGUGAGACAGUUGCGAUGACGGGUGAUGGUGUGAACGACGCGCCUGCUUUGAAGAUGGCUGAUAUUGGUAUAGCUAUGGGUAUUGCUGGUACUGAGGUUGCUAAAGAGGCAUCUGAUAUGGUUCUUGUUGAUGAUAAUUUCCAAUCUAUCGUUGCUGCUAUAGAGGAAGGUCGUUGCAUCUAUUCUAAUAUGAAGUCUUUUAUACGUUACCUAAUUUCUAGUAAUAUCGGUGAGGUAGCUUCUAUAUUUUUGACGGCUGCUUUGGGUAUCCCUGAGGGUAUGAUGCCAGUGAAGUUAUUAUGGGUAAACCUUGUAACUGAUGGUUUGCCAGCGACUGCUCUUAGUUUUAACCCUCCGGAUCACAAUGUCAUGCAUAAGCCUCCUAGGAGCAACAACGACAAGCUUAUCGACGGUUGGACGUUUUUGCGUUAUCUAAUAAUAGGUUUAUAUGUUGGUGUGUCUACGGUUGGUAUUUUUAUUUGGUGGUAUUUGUAUGGUAUAUCUCCAAACGACCAUAACACACAUGUGACGUUGCAUCAACUUAUGAAUUUCAACAAAUGUCCGUUGUGGACCAAUUUUCGAGUUACGCGUCUGGAUACUAUGAGCGUGAAUAUGUGUAGUUACUUUACUCUUGGUAAGGCCAAGCCUGCAACGCUCAGCCUGACGUUAUUGGUGAUGAUAGAGAUGUUCAAUGCUUUUAAUGCUGUUUCUGAGGAAUCAUCAUUAUUAUCUGUUCCUCCUUGGUUGAAUCGUCAACUGAUAUUUGCUACGUUUUUAUCGAUAUCUAUCCACUGUAUGAUCCUUUACACACCAUUUUUGGCGAAUGUGUUUGGCGUUGUGCCUCUUGACCGUUACGAUUGGUUAGCUGUGUUAUUGUGGUCUUUACCUGUGAUAUUGAUAGACGAGUUGAUGAAAGCGGUUGGUCGUAAUUUUAUUCGAAGGUCUGCUUCGGUUUUUGAUAAGGAAUCUUCUUCAUCUAAGAAGUACGACUAA